UAAUACGCUUAGGCUGUGAGUUGGAUGAUACGGAAGUGAAAUGACUAGCUCAACGUUACUCUCAAACAAUCGCCGAGAGCCGAUGAGAACAACACAGAUCAUAAAAAGGUCACUUUUCAGAUGAGGAGAACUUGCCUGAUUGAGCCUGCUUAUCUCCCUCCGUUGCCAUGGCAACACCCUAUUUCCCCACUUUUCUCAUUUUUUUGUCUUCCUUCUCCCUCUUGCUCCUGACCCUGCUGCCCUCGGUUUCCCCAUCACCUCCCCUGACAUCCUCCUCUUCUUCCUCACGUUGGCCGUCACCCUCCUGUGGGCUGGCUCAGGCCUGGGCUGUCCGGCUCCACGCUGGCCCACAUCAUGAAGAAGAUCCUGAACAGAAGUCUGAGCAUUUGGAUGUAAUAGCUAACAGGGUUGCAGAGCAGGCUGGGCUGCAGAACCAGGGCCAGGUUGGACAGCUUGAAGGCCACUAUUUGCUGUGCUCUAUCAAACCUGAAACUGGAUCCCCAGCUGAUCUCUGGAGUAAGAGUUACCAGCCUGAAGACGUCCUUGCAGCUCACCCUCAUGUUCUAUGGUACUCCAAGGAGAAGGUGCUCAGCCGCUCAAAGCGAUCUUUGGCCUUCAACGAUCCCUACUACCCUAGGCAGUGGCACCUGCACAAUGACCUGAAUAAGGGUCUGGAUAUCAAUGUGACAGGAGUGUGGGAGCAUAAUAUCACAGGCCAAGGAGUCACAGUGGUGGUAGUAGACGAUGGAGUGGAGCACACUCAUCAGGACAUCCAGCCCAACUACAGUCCAGAAGGCAGUUACGACUUGAACUCCAAUGACCCAGAUCCCAUGCCUCACCCAGACGUCCACAGCGACAACCACCAUGGGACGCGAUGUGCUGGAGAAAUCGCAGCCGUUCCCAACAACAGCUACUGUGCAGUAGGAGUGGCCUAUGGCAGCAAGGUGGCAGGUAUCAGAGUGUUGGAUGGCCCACUGACUGACAGCCUGGAGGCUGUAGCCUUUAACAAGCACUACCAGGUCAAUGACAUCUACAGCUGCAGUUGGGGUCCAGAUGAUGAUGGGCACACAGUGGAUGGACCCCAUCCCUUGGGCAAGGCAGCACUGCAGCAUGGGGUGAUUGCAGGCAGGAAAGGCUUUGGGAGUAUCUUUGUGGUUGCCAGUGGUAACGGGGGUCAAUACGACGACAACUGCAACUAUGACGGUUACGCCAACUCCAUCUAUACCAUCACAGUUGGAGCAGUGGAUGAGAACGGGAGAAUGCCCUUCUAUGCUGAGGAGUGUGCGUCAAUGCUGGCUGUCACUUUCAGCAGUGGAGGGAACAAGCUAAGGAGCAUUGUGACAUCAGACUGGUCCAUGCAGCAGGGGACCGGCUGUACAGACUACCAUACUGGCACAUCUGCUGCAGCCCCACUGGCAGCAGGAAUGGUGGCCCUCAUGCUGCAGGUCCGGCCUUGCCUCAGCUGGAGAGACGUGCAGCACAUCAUUGCCUUCACCGCCACCAAGUGUGACAACAGUGCAGACUGGAGAGUCAAUGGUGCUGGAUUUUACCACAGCCAUCAGCACGGCUUUGGCCUGCUGAACGCGUGGAGACUCGUCAAUGCUGCAAAGGUUUGGGAGUCUGUGCCGUUUCUUGUGUCCUAUCAGAGCUCGGUGAUAAAGGAGGACGCAUCCAUCCCUAGUUAUCCUGACCAGCUGACCCGCACUUGGAAAGUCUCAUCAGCUGAUCUGAAACAGUCAGGGAUGGAGACCCUGGAGCACGUUGCCGUUACCGUGACAAUAACCCACCCUUGCCGUGGCAACGUGGAGAUUGUGCUGGUCUGCCCCAGUGGUAUAACUUCAGUCAUCGGGGCACGCCGUGCCGUUGACAGGGACCCUGCAGGCUACCAGGACUGGACUUUCUCAACUGUGCGCUGCUGGGGAGAGAAAGCUGAAGGCCUGUACAUGCUCAAGAUCUCAGACCACAAAGAACCAUCAAUGAAGAAGUGUGCUGCUAUAGGAGUGUUAAAGCAGUGGGCGUUGACCCUGUACGGUUCUUCUAUGACCUUCAACGAAGUCAAAGAAAGACAGAAGUUGGUGGAAGAAGCUAUGAGUGGAAAGUAUCUGGACAGCAGCUUCUCUCUGCCCUGCCCACCAGGCCUGAACAUCCCUCCAGAGAUAGUCAACCCAUUCACCUCCAACAGUCUGAAGUUCCUGCUGUUGCUGGGCUGCUUCGCUCUUUUCUGGUCCCUCUACUACACACUGGAGGUCACAUUCGCUCACCUGAACCUGCGAGGCCUUUUCUGCAUAGGCAGGAGGCGUGGCACUCACCGGACCAAGCGAGGACACCGAGGGAGAGGACUAGAGGAGGCAUUAGACGAGGAGGAGGAUGGGGAGGAAGACGAUGGGGACUCAGGAGUGGAGCUGCAUGCGGUGCUGGACUCCGAGGCCAAAGUGUCACUUUUAAACGGAGAGCAGACGGCAACAUAGCACUGAGCCAGACUAUUGUGCUCUCCGGGCAUCUCAGGCUUGAACCCACUAGUCCCGAUACUCACAGUCUGCCAUACUGCCUCUGGCCCCGCCUACUACUGAGCGACACUCAGCCGAACCACUACCCUGAUGACAAUACAGAUAACAUUUUAUUUGGAGACUAAUGAACUACAUGACCUCUUACUUUCUACUGGGCAGUCAUAUUUUAUUUAUUAAUUCCAAUGUUUGAGAUUUUACUGCAGCUUGUACGUGUUGCAUUAUGUUAAAAUCUACAGACAAGAAACUUUUAGUCUAAAAACUGAUGCAGCCACAGUGGCCUAUGACCAGGUUUUAAUCACAGCAGAGAGGUUAUGUCCAUUUUAUGCAGGUCUUGAACACUGAUAUGCACUACCAACACACAUUAUAGCUGUUUACAUGAGACAGCACUGAUCUGUAAACAGAGACGUCAGUCUGCAGCAUCAUUUACAGACUUCACUGGUAAACUGAGUUACAUAAGGACAUGAUAAAAACACAUUUUUCUUUUCACUCCACCUAAGUGCAUAACUGAGACACUCCCCCUCCUUAUGAGCCCCCUCUUCCUCUCUUUCAGAUGCUUUUUUAUUUAGUUUCUUUAUUUUCUUUAAUGAAAAACCAAACCGAAACACUAAACUUUAGGACAACAUGUAGUAAUGCUGCUCAGACUUCUUUAUGUUGAAAGCCUCUCAGACACGACUUCACACCAAUAGUUUUCUAUCACUCCAGUCUGUUGCAAAUUGUAUUAUUUUGCAGGAAGUUUUAUAAAAAUUUGCUGACUACUAUAGUUAAGUAAUGAUCAGAUGCAUCAAAAACCUCAUAUAACUUGAGAAGGAAUUAACAGGGAUGCACAAUAUUGGAUUUUUGGCGAUAUCCAAUAUGCAGAUAUUUACUAACUAAUUUAAGCAAAAAACAGUAUCAAUACUGAUAUAUAAACGUAGUUCAGACCUUAUACUUCAGUCCUUAAAACAUACUAAAGAGUUACUAAACCCCAGUGUUUCAGCUGAGGUGCCUCAACUCUGGAAUUUCAACAAAUACCCUGAGAAUGUAAUGAAAAAGGUCUUGAGGGAGGGGGGCUAAGGCAAGUCCACUCCCACCUUCCUACUGUCCCUAUUCAGCCACAACAUCAUUCACUCCAUGCCGCUCCUUGGAUUUGAUCUUUAGCCAGAGGAGAAGCAGUUUUUUAUGUUGUUGAGCACAUUUUUAGAAAAACAUGAUUUAUAUGCAAUUUCUGUCAACAGCUCUACAUUCCCUAAAAUCCUACAGUGGGACAGCAAUUUCUCUGAUUGGUUCGUCCCACCUUUACACACCAAACAUCUGCAUUAUGUCCAAUUCAAACCUCCAGUUUUUACAUAUAGCAGCUUGGCUGCAAUCCGCCAGUGAAUUGCACUGUGGAUCAGAUUGCCUCCUAUCUAGUCAGUUCCACUGCUGUCGUCCAGUCUGGCUCUGGUACAUCCCUGUAGUGCUGAUUCGCGAGGCUUCGUUGGAGAUGGCUGCCAGUCUAAUUUUUCCGCGUUAGCCACUGCAAAACCACAAACAUCCACAUUGAGCAGAUUGAUCCAGACAGCCAGAAAAUCAUGAAAAGUAUCCAGUCAACUUCAAAGUACAACAUGAUGCACUGACUUCUGAUUUUAAAUAAUCAAUAUAUCAAUAUUUUGGCUCAUACUUCAGCUCAAGCAAAGGGUCAUUAAGAGGUCAGUAGGUCACAGAGCUGCAACAGCACCAUUGACAAGGAAAAGUUACAUUUUGAGGUGUAAUGAAACAGAGUAUUUCACAUGAAACCUUAGAUUCUUUAUAGCAAACAUUAACCUUUUAACUUCAUAAUGUACUCAACCAUGACAGAAGCAAUAAAUCAUGGAAUCAUGACAAAAUGAACAGCAAGUCAACCCCAAAAAGGUGAAAUAAUCUGCAGUUGACAUAAUAUCCCUGCAUGAAUUGUUGUGCAUCGUUCAAGGCAUGAUUCCAGUCUGUCAGGUCGCUCACCUUUGGUCAGAGCAAAACUGCGGUGCAGCUGCUGUAUGUGGAAUUACAGGUCAAGCUACUACUGAAUUUAAUGAUGGGGGGGGGUUGUUUUGUUUUUCUACAAAAGACAGUUUAAAUGGUGAAAUGACUAUAACUGGUCAUGUAGAAGACACAAGCAAGUUUAUAGUGACCUUGUUUCAAAGCAGGGAGUUAUUCAUGACUUCAUGCAGCAGCACUACAUUACCUACAAUGUGAAGUGCCCUGUAGUGUCAUAGAUCACAGAGAUGUCCCUGGGGGUUUAGUUACUCUUUAACAUUUAAGGAUGAACAAAGAAAUAAAGUUCAGUCCUUUUAACAUACAUGAAGGUUUAAUAGUGAGGAUGAAAAAGAAAAAAGAUGUCAGCUGACUUCAGUCUGUUAGUCCUGCCUAAAAUGCCACAAACCCAUUUAUACAUAUGGCUGAUAUCAUUUGUAUAUAUCUGCAGGAAUUUGCAUUUCUGCCAAUCCUGAAAAUGGAAUUUUUAAGCUCAUAUCUGUGAAACUGAUAUCAUACCGGUAAUAUUGUGCAUCCCAAGGUAUUAACAAAAGUUUUUAGAAAAUGAUAAGACUGUUUUGAUUGUGCCUGAUUGUAGGGAGUGCUGCAGCACUCUCCAGACCUUUUCCUCAAUAGCCCUACCAGUUCCUCAAACCAUGUGGUGGUAGGUUACAGUUUAGAUCCAAGGUUCCCAAACUUUUUAUCCUGUAACCCCGUAUAAUGUCACACACACUUAAAUUGUGCCCUUGGUAUUAGAUUUCAAAUAGUAUAUAUAUUUUUUCCAAUAAUGGCUAAGAUAUACUGCUUGAAAUGAUUUAAAUUGUUCCUCUGUUUUUGGAAGAUAUCGGACAGCCACCAUUUCACCAAUCCAUGUUCCAGCAACCACUGUAACUAGACUGUGGAGGGUAGCAUUUAUCCUUACCUGCUUUCUCCGUGAAUGUGGCCUUGUUUGAAAAUCUGCUUAUGCAUUCGCAGUCAUGUGUAUAAGUUUUAGGCAUGUAGGCCACUUAGGAUUCAUCACAGAGCUGAUGUGCCACAACCUAGGCUGGAGUAGAAGGGGGUGGGCGGGUAGAGACUAGCCCGAUACAAGUCUACACGUGUGUCAAUCGGCAGCCAAGGUCAAGCUUGACGGCAUUUCUUUGGUCCAAGGAUUUUCACCCCUUGAGAUUGCCAGCAGUUUUCGGGUUGUUGUGGCAUCUACAGCAGGAUCAGGAGCUAUUGGCAACCCUACUAUCCGCUUUGAUGGUACCCUAGGCCAUGCUUACUCGCCACUUCCAGCCCUGACUCUGCCCUAGCGAUAUGGACUGUUAUUUUCUCAACAGAAUAAUUUCCCUUGCCCUUGGCAAUAUACAAAGACAUCCAGAGCAUGACCAGGGUUGUGUCAAUCCUCCAUCCUGCCUGAUGGUGCCCUUGGGAGAGUUCUCGCGCCAUUACAGGCCUUACGUCAACCUAAAUUUUUGGCCCAAACAUGCCUGAAAGUUCUGCACAAUACUGUAUGUCCCGUCAAUGUGUGACUGCCUGCAUGUUGUUAUACACCAAUUCAUCUGACAAACAUUUCAUAAGAAGAGAAAUUAUCAAUUAAAUCAUCCAAAGUGAGGACAACGACCAGCUUUGGGUUGCACCAGCUAUGCAUAAGUUCAAGCCUAGUCCUGAACUUAUGCAGAGCUUAGCUCUGCUGAAAUUUAAGGUGUAGAAACAGUGGAGAUAGUUUAAAUGUAGGCUUAAGUUAUAACUUAAAUUGUACACCUACCUCCUACUAGGUCUAAAGUCCAGCAGUGGCCAUUUUCCAUGAGCGGAGAUCAUUUCCACCAUCCAUCGAUAAAUUAUCGUAUGAUAUUGACAAUUUCACCCCUCAAUGUGUGUUGUUUUUUAAACUGGCUCUAGGUUUAUGGUGUUGGCUCUGGUCCUAUUAUUUAUAGUCCCUGGACUAGGCAAAAUGUCCUAAUUUGUAUAUCUGCACUUAAGCCGCUGUAUGAGCUCUACUAGUUCAGAUGAACCUUAAAUCUCUGUGGUACAACCAAAAAGUGGCCCAACUUAAAUGACAACUUGACUAGUUGUAAAGUCAGGUUUAGUGUGGACGCCGUAACUGAAGACAUAACUCACUCAUAGCUGGUGCAACAGGCUGCAGACCUGCAGUUUGAGGGCAGGUUUACACUUUCUAUUAGGAUUAGGCCUCAGAUAGAGAAAGGGUCAGGUAUGAAUGGAGAGCCUUCUAAAGUGGCUUCAAUGUAUUAUCACUGACAUGAUUGAAAUAAUGAGUAUUAAUACAGACAGUCUGGGUAUUACUGUGUACCUGACAAAGAACUGAGGUCAGAGUCUAAUAGGACGUGUUCACAGACACCUGUUGGGCAGGAAAAGAUCAUAAACUUGUGCACUAGGAAAAGGUUUGAAUCCGCUGUUUGUGUGAGCUUGUACACUCCUUAGUGUGUGUGAAAUCAGUGUGUGAUGUGAUGUGUGAGUGUGCUCAAAUAUACGAGGUCUUCCAUAAAAAAAAGUGCCCUCAAAUGGAAGAAAGGCGCUGGUGUAUUUUAGGGAAAAGAUUUUAUUUUUUCUGAGGUGUUAUUUUUUAUUCUGCAUUUUAUUUUUUAAGUCUGGGGUUUCUUAAUCAUCUGAGGGUUUUCAACCAACUACUGGUAAAAACUUGAAGUGGGAUUUUCAAGUGUGGUACUUGUAUUUUUAUAUGAAGUGUAAUAUAUACACCAAGUGUUCCUGCUGUACAGAUAUAUUCUGUGUUUAAUGAUUUCUAUAAAGUGUUUUUAAGAAUGUAUUUAAGAGUUCUAUUUUUAUGUAAACGAGUGUUUGGGGUGAAUUUGGAAACUGUGUUUUGCUGUGCAAGUCACAGGUGAUCU